AUGGCCGUUACCCUAUCGGACCGAGCUAAAGAAUUACUUGAGUUCGAGAGUCAAUACACAGCUGGAGGAUUUCACGACCCUAUGCCCGCUGUUAUUACUAAAGCCAAAGGGGUCAAACUAUGGGACAUUGACGGGAAAGAGUACCUUGACUUCACAUGCAUGCUAAGUGCAGUGAACCAGGGCCACUCCCAUCCCGCUAUAAUUGAGGCAGUCGUGAAACAAAUGCAUGAUGCCUCGCUGGUAAAUAUUGCCGCUCACACGGCCAUCUGGCCGCCCUUUGCUCAGAUGAUGUGUCAACGUUUCGGUUACGACAAGAUCCUGCCCUUAGUAUCCGGGACAGAAGCGGUAGAAGCGGCUUGCAAGAUUGCGCGGAAAUGGGGAAUCAACGUCAAAGGUAUCCCCGCCGAUGAGUUGUUGAUACUCGGAUUGUCGGGAUGUUUCCAUGGGCUAUCAAUUGCCAUGUGGUCCUUGCAAGACAAAACCCCGAAACGUGCUGCCUACGGGAUCGCUGACCCUCGUCUCACCUGCUACGACCCGAAAACGGAGGAGCCGUUAUCGUAUGGUAAUACUGGGAGAAUAAAAGCGUGCAUCGAGCAUCAUCAUGCCCGAAUAGCUGCCGUAGUGAUAGAGCCCAUUCGUGGCCAGCUAAGAACCUUUGCUGAGGAAAUCUCCUAUUCCACCAAACUCUAUGACCUGUGCAAAGAGUACAAUAUUCUCUUUAUUGCUGACGAGAUUCGUAUGGGCUGUGGCAAGACAGGACGAUUCCUCUCAUCCGACCACCUUGGUGCAUCGCGCAAACCUGACCUCAUCGCACUGGGGAAGUCGCUUUCGGGAGGUGUCUACCCAGUGUCCUUCGUCCUUGGCCGAUCCGAGUGCAUGGACCUUGUCGGGGAAAAAGAGAUCGUUUCCACAUAUUCCUUCUCGCCAUUAGCCAUCACCGCAACCACAGCUGCAUUACGUGUGAUUGAUGAUGAGUGCCUUAUCGAGAGAGCGGGGCAGAUCGAGAAGAAGUUCUUGGAAGUGGCAGAGACGUGGCGACAUCCCUUCAUCCGCUAUGCUACUGCGAGGGGCGCCGAUUUCUUUAUUUUUUUCUGGAGAAUCGACCAAAAUACUUGUCGGCGGAUUUGCGAGAUAUGCAUGCACAACGGGUUGUUAGUGUAUCCUAACGGGCUGGGUAUUAGGAUGAGUAUCGCUAUGGUUAUCACGGACGAAGAGCUGAGAGCGGGGCUUGAGAUCUUGUCUAAUGCCUUUGAUACUGUUUUCUCUGACUUAACUAGGUACAGAGCUCUAGUAGGUUGAGAAAGGAAUUACUAGCAGCCCUAUUGACAAACAGCCCAUCAGAACUGGGUCUUUU